AUGUUCCUCCGUUUGAGUACCACACAGAAGGAUGAUAUGGAGUCCUGGGGAAAACCUCGUAUGCCUUUGAGACCUUCCUUCUAUGUGCCACUAGAUCUGGCAAGAGAGAAACUGAGAAGGUUUUGCAUUCCUGUUGACAGUUGGAGAGUUCUCAAACACCCAUAUGGUACACCACCUGCUAUUGCAGAAGAUUCCCUAACAACAGCAGAAGUAAAUAGCUCUGAGUGGCUGGCAGGCUGGAGGCAGAUAUAACAAGGUUAUAUUAACGUGUCCCAAAAAUUCUCUGGCAGCCCUCCCUCACUGAUGAUAGAAGAGACAAAGGUCAGCAAUGAGGGCACUAAGAGAGGUGUCAAUAAUGCAAAGUUCCAUGUGGCUUUACCACAAGGUCAAGGGCUCUUUCCACCCAGGGGCACACAAGUAAGAGGUACUCCACUUAUCGCCACUAUUAGAUUAGGGAUAAUGAUGAAGUUGCCUCCAGGAAAUAUGAUAAUGGCUGGUAAUGAAAGGCUGGCUCAUGUUUUUUGUUUUUUUUUUCCCCCACUGGGAGGCCCAUGGUACCCCAUGGAGAACUUGCCAAGACCUAUCACCAUGCUUCCUAGUAUUGCAUGUUUAGAUUGGUGCACUAGUGAUCCUUGCUUCAUAUAUCCUGGACCUCUGAUCUCCAAUUCAUUUCUCAAUAUGCCUAUGUUUUUUGAUCCACUCCCAGUAUACCAUCUUCCACUGCCUUUCUAA